AUGGAUGGUACAGAGUGCCAGGAUUCACCAAAUCAAGAUACGAUGCUAUCCGAGCCGGUUGUCCCACCUCUCGAUGGUUAUCCAGAUGUACACGAUUUUGAUGAAUUGAUGAAACGCUAUGUCCAGGACUUAUCGCCCAAGAAACAGGACAAAGCUUUGAUCCAUGCCCGCAGAGCCGCCAACAUCAAGCAUGUUCUCAUUGACAAGAAGACGACCUCAAUAGAAUCAGCACAGUUCAGAUUUUGGGUUAAGAAGAUGUUCACCCUCGAGCCGAAGGAGGGCAAAAUACCGGACCAUCUCAAGAAAAUUUGCCAUGAAGGCAAGCCAGUCGCGGUACGAGAAAAACUGUUCAAGAUUCUGACCAAAGCACACAAACAAUGCCAGCAUGGUGGCCGGGACAAAACCUCUGCACAGGGUGCCGAAAGAACUCAUCUCGCGCUUCGUCAAGCUUUGUCCCACCUGCCAGGUGAGACGAGGGACCAGCCGCAACUCGCCGCCAGAGUCAGUCAAAAGCCCAAAAGCAAACAUAGAGAUCCAGUCUCCGGAGACGUACUCGUCUGCCGGUUCACGAAAGAACUUGAGGGUCGGCGGGAUCACAGCGACUACUGCCAGUUUGCCUUUGCAGACGGCCGGUUUCAAGACCACCCCAACUUUUCAACAACAGAACCGCUGGAUGACACCAAUACAGCCACAGGGUGA